AGUGUCUGGAACUCUUGACUGACUGAAGGGAAAGCAGACGACAUCAUGGACGCCUUGUUUGGACAGAGGAAAAUCAACCUCCAGGCUCUCACAGACUUCUCCCAACUGGAGAAGCCUGUGAAGGAGCACCUGAAAAAGGUGUACUCCAGCCUGGCCAUCGCCAUGCUUGCAGCUGCAGCAGGUGCCUAUGUCCACCUGAUGACUGGAUUUAUACAGGGAGGUUUCCUGUCUGCUAUCGCCUCCAUCGGCCUGCUGAUCUGGCUGGGUGUGACGGAAAACGCUCCCGCCAACCAGCUCAAGCGCCUCGGUAUCAUGGGAGGGUUCGCCUUCUGUGUCGGUCUUGGCCUUGGCCCCCUGAUGGAUCAGGUUAUUCAGAUUGACCCAAGCAUCAUUCCUACUGCGUUCAUCGCCACCACUGUGGUGUUUGUGAGCUUCACGCUGAGCGCUCUGUGGGCACAGAACCGAUACUACCUGUUCCUCGGAGGUAUGCUGAUGUCAGGUCUGCAGAUGCUGAUGCUGGGGGGACUCCUCAACCUGUUCUUCAGGUCCUACAUCCUGUUCCAGGCACAGCUGUAUGUGGGCCUGGCCAUCUUCUGUGCCUUUGUGCUGUACGACACCCAGCUGAUCGUGGAGAAGCGUCGCCGUGGAGACACCGACUAUAUCUGGCACUGUGUGGACCUGUUCCUGGACUUUGUCAACAUCUUCCGCCGCAUCAUGAUUAUCCUGGCACAGAGGCAGCAGGAGAAGAAGUCCAGGAAGUAAUUCAACUGUGUGUGACUUCUGUAAGACACGUCAGGAUGGAGACAUCAGAAGUUCAUGUUCCAAGCUCCAAAAGAUCAUAGACACUACGUACUAUAGUGAAAAGGUUUAAACUUUGUUCCAACACAACAGAAAGACUCGCCAUAAAUUUUCAGUCGAGUAUUUCGACCUUCUGCAGAUAGAUGAUUCACUACACUGAUGGUCCGGAAGUCAUUGGAUGACGUCUGUACUCAGCAGCGAAUCACAGAUGGUGGGAAGGCAGAACCUACCACCAUCACGGUUCAGAGAGGGUUGAUGCGCCUUAAUGGCCUCCUUGACACCCCUCAUAAACCAAUCCAAGAUGCAUACUUUCUGUUGUGUUGGAACAAAAUUUUAACUUUUUCACUAUGGAAUUUACCACAAUAACACAGAUGAGCUUUCAUCCGGACACUACGUACUGUUAUACUGAGAACAAAUUACAACUGGAUGUAGGACUGGUGAAGUUGUUUUGUCCUAUUUCAUUGCUGGCUAACUUGGAUAGAUGUUUUCACAUCUACUUCUCCUAAUUUUUUAAAAAUAAUUCAAUGUUGACAACAGGAUAAGAAUGAUUUCUAAUAUUACAUUGGAUGUUUUUUGAGUGACAUUCAUCGCUUUUCUUUAUAAUUAUACAGCAGCAGAACAAACUAGCCGAACAAGCCAAUACUUUAUAUAAUGUCAAUACUUAGAUAUGAUUGUCUUCAUUGAAUGUGAUACAGAUGCGAAAUGCUAUUUAGUAGAACAGGCAUGACUACAUUUUGUUUGGCUCACAAUUUAUGGAUAUCUGAAAUUUUGUCAGAACAUACUACAUAUCAUUUUUCCUACUUAGAAUUAAUUUUUUUGUUCUUUAUUAGCAGUAUAUCUCAGAAUGGUGAUAGCCUGAGUUUCUAUUUGUGUUUAUUCUUAUGGAAGUAAUUUUAAUGGUUUAUAAAAUGCACAAUUUGGUGUUUGUCAUGCAAGUAUUUCAAUAUUUUGAUGUUUGGUGUUUUGCUUGCAGUUCAAUUAACCUAAUUAAAAGUUAAGUAUUCAUAAUGCAGUAUACAACUCGUAUAUAUACAUAUCUACAUGUACAUGUAGAACCAUAAUUUCUUGAUUUAAGUACAUAUACGCACCCCUGACACAAGGCAAGACAGUGAUGAACAAAACUAUGGGAUUGAAACAUGAAAUAUGAAAACUCAUGACAAAUAAACUACAAAUCCCAUCUCCACUGACUCAUUUUACUCUGUUUCAAGUUCAAUUUCAUGUUGUUUUCUUCUCUUUCCCUGGGUAAUUUUGCAUAAAUUAAGGACUUCUAUACACUUUCCUUGAUUAAAUUUGUAAAAAUUCUCAUUUAUUCCAUGGCGGCAUGUCUUCAAAGUUACAAAGUUGCUCAAGCCUGGUGGUAAAGUGAAGGUAUAUUUCAUUUACAGAAAUGUACAUGACAACAGCACAUUUGAGGUUCUCUCUUAAGUAUGCACUCCGACUUUGGCAACACAGGGUUGGACAAGUCCACUAGCCCUAUUGUCCAGCGGAAGUGAAAAUGCUGUUCGGGCAAGUACAUUUCCAACCCCACUUGCCCGAUCGGGCAAGUAAGAUUUUCCCAUUGGUGUGAUUUUGAUACACUGUAACUUUUCACAGUCAUUGUGUCAAGCAUUGGUAAACACAGAAAAAUAGAGUCAAUAAUAAAAGAAUUCCAUUGUUGGAAGUGAAAAUACACAGAAAAAAUGUCAUUUGAAUUCCGGGCAAGUGAAAAGUUGGUUUGGGCUAGUGGAUUUUUUGUGUACUUGCCCAAUAGGACAAGUGAAAUUUUUAAAACUUGUCCAACCCUGCAACAGCUUGAUUGAAGCACCUGUUGGAUUUUGUCAAAUUUAAAAAAUGCAUACUUUAAUCAAGAAAAUAUGGUAUAUGCUCAUAUACUGAUACCACUUUAUUAUACAUGAAGCAUAUUGAAAAGCUUAGGAGAAAGUUGUAUAACUAAUUUCAGCCUUUCUUGAAGUACAUUUAAACCAGGACAUAAUUUUAUGUAGCAUCUCUUUUGGUAUACAAUUAUGUGAUUUUCUUCUUAAUGUCUUGUCUUGAAUAUAUAUAAGUUACUACAAUGUGCCAUAUAGACAUUAGUCUUAAUGUUGUAAUAUGGCCAUCUGUAUUAUAUGCUACUGUGGGUAUGAUACUGAACGGACAAUAAAUGUGGUGUUCUGAAGGCU